ACCAGCCUCCGUCAGGCAGUCAGGUGUGGCCGCCGUGGCUUGGAAGCAUUCCGACCGGAGAGAGCGCUGUUCCAACGGGCUCCGACGAGGCUACAACUAGCGUCUGCCGCGGGGCCUGUAAACAUGAGCCGCUGCUCGAGCACCGAAGCCACCGGAUGACCGAAGUUCUCUGGAUCGUCCCUCUAUAGAAGUGAGAUUUUUGUUCGUGCCAAGAAACGGGGAACAAGGUGACUUCACCUGACCACUUGGGAAAGUGAAGUGAAAUAAAGGGAUCGAAUACAGGAACAGAAAGAGGAACUCCAGCUGCUUUAAAGAAACGUGGCUGCAUUGCUGAUUGAAUUGAUCCCCAAAGAGAACUAGAGAAUGCCUCGGCAAAGGAGUAAGUGUGGAUGCAGAAGUGCUGCUCUGACUCGGGUGUGAAUUCCCCCACAGCAGGGGUGAGCUGCAUCCUAACGUGGACACAUGCUGCUGGUGGCGGCUGUCGAGCAUGAGUCAUAAACAUUGCAGCCCGGUCGGAUUGCCAAACGGAGCCGCGGUUUCACUCUGAAACCAAACAGAUGAUGUGAAACUGGAGCCCAGCUGAACGACAAGUGCAGCAGAUUCAACUGGAAAUGUCCCCCCACUGGAGCGGGUGACGUCAGGAGGCGGAAGGAAACACAAACUGCAUGUGCACCUGAAGAGGGCAGAGGUCACCUCCUCAUAUGAAACUGGUUUUACUGGGAAAGUCGACAAGAGGCCAUCGAGAUGGCUGGGAAAGACUACAAUCAUCUCUUUAAGCUGCUGAUCAUUGGAGACUCCAAUGUGGGGAAAAGCAGCCUCCUGCUGCGCUUCGCAGACAACUCCUUCUCCGGCAGCUACAUCACCACCAUCGGAGUGGACUUCAAGAUCCGAACGGUGGACAUGGAGGGAGAGCGGGUAAAGCUGCAGAUCUGGGACACGGCAGGGCAGGAGAGAUUCAGAACCAUCACCUCAACGUACUACAGGAACACCCACGGCGUCAUCAUUGUUUACGACGUGACAAAUCCAGAGUCGUUUGUGAAUGUGAAGAGGUGGCUGAACGAAAUCUCCGACAACUGUGACAACGUCUGCAAGAUCCUGGUGGGAAACAAAAACGACGACCCAGCCAAGAAGAAGGUGGACACCCAGGAUGCUGUGAGGUUCGGGGAGUCGGUGGGAGUUCGAGUUUUUGAGACAAGUGCCAAAGAAAAUAUAAAUGUAGAAGAGAUGUUUAUGGCUUUUACUCGCAUGGUGCUCCGAGCCAAGAAGCAGAGUCAGGACAGAGCUGAAAGGGAACGGGAGCGGGAGAAAGACACGGUCAACAUGAACGCCCAGAGAGACCGCGACCGCCGGAAGAGAGGGAAGAAAUGCUGCUGAGACGGAGAGCCGUCAUACGGGACACUGUCUGGGUCAUUAUUCCUGGUUUAACCUGAUGGAUUCACAGUCUGCAGCACUGACCGCACGUCCACGCCCCCGAGUACCUAAAGGAGCAUUCUGGUGUUUUUUUUUUUUAAAGGUUUUUCUGGGUUCUGAUGCAUAAAACUUUAUUUGUACUGAAGGUGAACGUUUCUGAGAACUGCAGUCAUUGUUCCUCUGAGCUCUGCCCUUAUAGACUUCCAGAUGUUUGAGGAAAUAUAAAACGAUGCCUCUGAAGAGCCUCAGUCUGC